AGAUCACCGGUGUAUCUAGACUUCUCCGGAACAUAUUAUCCGCGAACGUUGAGACCUGACUGUACUUCACGCCCGUCGUGGAAAGCAAAACAAACUUGCUUUGAUAUUUGGAAACGUCAAAACAUAACCUUAAAAACGGACCAAAUAAGCAAACUUUCUAUCAGCAGAAGAUCGUAGAACCGUGAUCGAAGCACGUCCGGAAAUUGGUAAAGCAAGUUAAAAAAAAAUGGGUGACACCGGGCAGGCAACCGAGCCCGACAGCAAAAAACCGAAACUCCAAUCAACCGAACCGCCGGUAAGAUGUAAACACUUCGUGCAGCGUAAGAAACGAUACUGCAAAAUGACGGUCGGCACCGGAAAGGAAUACUGCGGUGAGCACGAACCGACUACCGGCAGCACCACCGAAUCGCCCGCCAGCGAUCGGAUACCAUGCCCGCUCGACCCGAAGCACACUAUAUCGGCCGCCAAGUUGGAGAAGCAUCUGAAAAUUUGUAACGCACGUCCACCGGCGGAACAGCAACCGUACAUCGUGCCCGGAAUUAAUUGUACCUCGGACGGGGAAGAGCAACCAUCGCCGGAGGACGGUUCCGGUUUGAAGCUAUCGGACAUACCGGCAGAUAAGCUAACCGCACUGAUAGCCAAAGUGAACGAGCUGUACGACGGUACGGUAGAACCGCUGCUGAAGGAACAAUCACCACGGCACAGCAUUCUAGCGCAGGAACUAACGAUGGACCAGUACGGUCCGCAAACGCUCAAACACUUGACCCAGUCGUCGGCGCUGCUCGGUUUGCUGGAGCAGUACACGUUCCUAGUGAACGAUACCGCGUUCGUCGAGUUCGGUGCCGGCAAGGGACAGGUGGCGUACUGGCUGGCGCGUAUCGUUGAAACGCAGCUACAAAACUGCAAGGUGCUGCUCGUGGACCGUGCCUCCCACCGGCACAAGAAGGAUAACAAAAUCGAGACGCGCGAAAUUGUGCAACGGGUCCGGGCGGACAUAGCGGAUCUGAAGCUGACGCAGGUUGAGCUGCUGGGUGCGAGCAAGCAGAUCGUCGGCAUCGGGAAGCAUCUUUGCGGUAGCGCUACCGAUCUGGCGUUACGAUGUUUGGUGCGCAGUGGCAAGGGUGAAUCGUCGUCCGUCCGUGCGAAAGGUUGCCUAUUCGCUCUGUGCUGCCAUCAUCGGUGUGAGUGGCGAACGUUCGCCGGCAAACCGUUCCUACUGGCGAACGGGAUUAAUCGGACCGAUUUUGAGUGUAUCGUGCGGAUGGUGAGCUGGGCGGUUUGUGGUACUGGGAGGAGUCGUGAGCGGCAACAAACCGGACCGGAUGACGGUGACAAACAGGACCGGUGUGGAUUGACACGAUUGGCGCGUGAAACGGUUGGCCGGAAGUGCAAACGUGUGCUGGAUGCUGCACGGCUGAACUAUAUGGCGCAGAAUGGGUACGAAGCGCACCUGAGGUACUACGUGCCGAGUGAGAUAACGCCGGAAAAUGUUUGUCUUGUUUGUGUGGACAAAUAAACGGGGAUGCAAGCGGCAGGUAUUAUAACCCGGACAGGUUA